UGAGUGCUAUUGUAGUAGACAUCGGAUCGAGUUAACCGGAGAGAACGCAACUGCAAAUCUUCCUCUGGAAGCCCCUUCCGAUAUCAACACACGUCAGUGUCACACCUCCUCAUCAUGAAACGCAAAAACAGGCGCUAACCCCUAGGGUUUCAAAAUACCCGCCAUUUCUUUUUACACAUUCUCACUGUCACUCUCUGUAGUCUGCUUCAAUGGCCGUGGAAGACGAUAACCCAGGAACUCCUUUUUGUUCAAAGCCUAGUCCAAGUCCAGUCUCUCAAACUAGCUCAUCGCAUCCUCCACCUGGUUCAAACCCUGACGAGAUAUCGCCGAAGAAGCCAUUGAGCCCAAAGGAGUUCAUCCUCUCAGUAGCCUCUAAGAUCGCUUCUCAGCCUCUAACUAACCCAGACCCCAACGUCUGGGGUGUUCUCACUGCUAUUUCUAACAAUGCCCGUAAACGCCACCAGGGUAUCAACAUGCUUUUGACUGGCGAUGAGCAUUGCAUUGGCAGAUUGGUGGAGGAUUUGCGUUUUCAAAUUGAAUCAACUUCAGUUAGUGGAAAGCACUGCAAAAUAUAUAGAAAAAAUGUCCCUCUUGAAGAUGUGGAGCAUCCAUCUGACUGUUAUAGCUCUGUCUUCUUGCAAGAUACUAGCACAAAUGGGACAUAUCACAAUUGGAAGAAAUUGAGUAAGAGGAGCCCUGAAUCAAAAGUCCAGCAUGGGGAUAUUAUAUCAUUUGCUGCUCCUCCUCAGCAUGAACUUGCAUUUGCAUUUGUAUAUCGAGAAGUUCAUAGGUCUACUCCUUUGAUGGAAGGGACAGCUGCUAAGAGAAAAUCAGAGGAGAUUGUCUCUGAAAACAAGAGACUAAAAGGUAUAGGAAUUGGUGCUCCUGAGGGUCCUAUAUCUCUUGAUGAUUUUCGAAGCCUUCAACGUUCAAACACGGAACUGAGGAAGCAAUUGGAAAGCCAAGUCAUUACAAUUGACACAUUGCAGAAUGAGCAUCGAGCAACUAUUGAACGCCACGAAAAUGAGAUGCGAGAGGUGAAAGAAGCUGUUGCAAAAGUUUACCUUGAUCAACUCAAGGAGUUGCAAACUGUGUUGGAUGUGAAACAGAAAGAGCUUUCGGAAGUUAAUAGAAUAUCAGCUGAAAGAAAGCAUGACUUAGAAGACCUCAAUGAAAGACUUGCUGCUUCCAGACAGUCAUGUAUUGAAGCAAAUGAAAUAGUGAAGAGCCACAAGGCAUCUAUUUCUGAGCUUGAGGCACAAUUAGAAGAAGAGAGAGAUCAGAGAAGAGAAGAGCGGCAGAAGGCUGCUGCUGAUUUAAAGUUAGCAGUGCAGAGAGUUCAGUCUGAGGCUCAAGAGGAAAUCAAACGACAGACAGAUGCUGCGUCUCAACAGGAGAGAGAAUUGCUAGAGGAAAUCAACAAGCUUCAGGAAAGGGAGAAAAAAUGGUGUUCACAAGUGGAGACUUUGAGGCCGAAAUUGGAGGAAGCCAGGCAAAAGUUGGUUGUUUCUGAUAAUAAGGUUCGGCAGCUAGAAGCUCAAGUUGCUGGAGAGCAACUGACCUCUGCUAAUGGAAGAAAAAGAGUUGAGGAACUUGAGCAAGAAAUAAAACAACUGAGGAAAGAGCUUGAGAGUGAGAAGCAGGCAGCGCGUGAAGAAGCAUGGGCUAAAGUGUCUGCUCUUGAACUGGAGAUAAAUUCUGCAAUGCGGGAUCUUGAAUUUGAGAGACGGAGAUUAAAAGGUGCUAGAGAAAGAAUAAUGCUUAGGGAGACACAGUUGCGGGCAUUUUAUUCCACAACUGAGGAGAUAUCGAUACUGUUUGCCAAGCAGCAAGAACAACUGAAGGCAAUGCAGAAGACAUUGGAAGAUGAGGAAAAUUAUGAGAACACAUCUCUGGACAUUGACCUGAAUGCACCUGCUGAGGAAAUAAAUGGCACCCUGGUCAGAGAAAAAGAAACGAAACAAUACCGAACCAAUGGUGAUGCAAAGACUAGCUCUGCUACUUCAGCUCAGAGAUUUGAUAGAGAUCAGGCUACUGCUUCUGGUGUUGAAGCGAGUGUCACUGAGAAGCAUGAGUGUGAUAUCAGAAGUCAAGGAGAACAAAAUACCCAGGAAGAAGAUUUUACAAGUGCCUGUCAUGCUAGAGGCGGCUUUGGUUCUGACAUUGAUGGUGUUGGCACAGCUCCUGUUCUGGAAGUGGAUGCCAUAGGAACAGAGCAAGUUCUUGAAACAGAAAGCCCUGGAAGUGAUCGGAAUAUUGAUGUAAACAGGUGUGGCUCUUUAGCUGGGGAUACUAUGCAACUUGAUGAUGAAGCCCAUGUACAUGAAAGUGAUGAGCACAUUCAAACAAAUUCUCAGGAUGCUUUGCAUGAUUCCAAAUCAAAUAAUCCUCUUGAGAAUCAGAAAGCCAUGGAUGAUACAGAACCAGGGGGCACAAUCAGAACAGCCGACCUUUUGGCUUCUGAAGGUGUUGGGAGCUGGGCUUACAGCACUGCUCCUUCUGUCCAUGAUGACAAUGGAUCUCCUAAAGACAAUGAUGAGAACGGUGGGGUAGGGCCUCAGGAUUCCAAUAUUCAGGUAGCUGAGAGUCAAAGCACACCAUCUUCUGAUGCAGCAGUUGUCAGACGGAAUCAUGAACGUCGAGCAUUAAGUGAGAUGAUUGGAAUUGUUGCACCUGAUUUAAAGGAGCAGUUUAGUGCCAUGGAUAAUGAUUGUGAUAGAGGAAAGGAAGAUAAGGGUUCUACUUCAAGCUCCGAUACAGAGGGUUGCUCUGAAAGUAAUGGUCCUAACAGUGUCAAAGAUGCAUCAAUUUCAGACACUGAAACCGAGGGCAGUGAUGGAGCCAAUGAGAAUCAAAAAGAUGACGCGAUGGAUGAAGAUGAAGACACACAAGAAGAUUCUCUUGGGUAGCAGAGCAGGUCUGCUAAUACUAGACCAGAAAGCAAAUUGUAAAUAAUGUUUGAUUUCGACUCUUCCUUUUCCAUCUUCCCCAAAAUUUCUCGCUGUACUGUUUAUUUUAGUGGAUGUACAGCUGCCCUUGUGAGCAAUAACCGGAAGCUAAUUCGGAAAUUAGCAAAUUUGAUGUAAAUGCAUUAAUGGGCAAGUUCUAGUAUCAAUGGGCAGAGACUAUUGUCAGAUACUUAGUGAUUGAAGCUGUAAUUAUUCAUUUGAUUUUGAGCCUCACUCGAAUUCCCAUCGAAGGCUGGUUCCGUUCUCCAUCA